AUGAGAGGACAGCAGUCAAAAAACGAGAGGACAAGAAAGACGAAAAAGCUGUUGGCAGCUGAAGGGAUGAGAAGUAGGAGAAGUAAGAAGCUGGUGGAGGAGAAGAAGAACAAGAUGCAGCUUCUGGUAAUGUUGAUGCCACCGCUGCAAAAUCAAAGACUGCUUACUUUUAUUGUACUACUUUUCCACGUUUUUGGUGGUACAACUGCAUUGUAUCGAUCCAAAGACGUCUUCUCUUGCUUUGUUCUUCACAGCAAUGAGUUUUUAGAAAAAUCUGGAAAUGUGCUCAUUGAGAAUAUUGAUGAUGUGAAUGAAUGUCUUCGGAAAUGCAUUCAGGCUCCGAUGAAUCACAAAAUCAAAUGUAAAACGGUUAUGUAUAAUGUGAAUACUCAAAACUGUGUUCUUUCAAAGUAUGCGAGACAUGAGAGAACUGUCAAAAAAUCAAAAGGUCUGCAAAUAGAUCUAUACGAGAAUCGAUGCGCUUCAACAGAAAAUGAAACUGUUCGCUUGGCAGUUUUCACCGAACAAACCAGGACAACGUCUGCUCCCGUGAGAACAUCAAUUGUUGGAAAUGUAAUCAUGGCACCUGUACCCAAUUUGAAUGGAACUACUACGAAUGCUCCAAUUUCUACAACACAACAAGCGAUUCCAACUACAAAUGAAUUGAGAAGAGUUCAUGCCGUCAAACAAUACCCACUGGAUCCAAAAAAUGGGAACGUUAUUUUUAGUAAAACUGUUUAUGCUGACCAGCCUUCUCCACCACUUCCACAGCGAUUUGUGGAUCGAAGAAACCGAAAUGCAAAAAUAUUUCUUUCGCCCCGGCCACUCGUAGACUCCACGUCGUCAGUUGUAGCGGCGGCUCAACAACAGGUACAACUUCAAUCAGAUGUAGGCAGCUUAACAAAAGAAAGAAGACAAAGAAGUGAAAGACCUGUGGUCCUAGAAAACUUGGCCGGUUGCUUCAUUAAAACUCCUAACCGUAUUCUUCAUAAGUUUGAGGAAUCUAGGAUAGGAGGAGUCACAUUGGAGACUUGUAUGAGGCAGUGCGCUCAAAGUUUGCAAAACUUCUAUUGUGCCUCGAUCAACUAUAGUUUCGGGUUAAAGAUUUGUAUUUUGAAUGGCGGGAACCUGCAUUUGAACGGAGGAGACACUUUGGUGGGAUCAAGAGAGUUUGAUUAUUUUGAAAAUACUUGCCAGCCAAGAAGCACCACAACAACAGAAUCUUCGAUUGGAGGUUCAGGUACUAAGAAAGAGUGCUAUCGGCUGUAUAAUAACUCAAUAUACAACUCAUUUGACGCGACCAUUGUUGGGGGACUCCAGGAUUUAGAGAGCUGUGAGUCCGAGUGCUCUUGGUCUCACAUUCGUCGUCGUGAGAAGUGUCUUGGAGUGAACUGGAUACCUACGACACGCGGAUGCAUGUUGUUCCACAAACAAAUCGAUUUCAAUGUUCUACAACCUUCGUUCAAAGCACAAUUUUUAGCAAAUACGUGUACAUAUACAACAGACCAGUCGUCAAGCCGAUCAUCAUCUUCUUCAUCUUCAUCUUCAAAAUCAGACCCUGAUUACUACGAUCCAAAUCAUUGAAAAUUAUAUUUUCACACCCCAAAAUAACAAUUUCAAUACCAUAAAUCUGUAAUUCUCUAAUUUAUUCCAAUACUCACCUAGAUUUAUUCUUAAAUUUUCAAAACUAAUUGACGGUUCUUCUGCUCAAUUAAUAUGCACUACCCACGUUACCAUGACAUUGUUGGUCUAAACCCAUUUUUGAUUUAUUUUUUGUAUUUGUUUUUGUAAAUGAAGUUGUAGAUAUAUAAUGGUAAAAAGAAUGAGUUUUUCGUACUUGAAAGGUAUUAAAGGUUAUGCAAUAAACACUUUAAUAUUAA